CUAUGUGGCCGUGCGGGCCGUGUUAUGCGCGGGCAUGAGAGCCCAUUAAUUUGAAUAGACUCCCGUGCCCAUGACACGCAGGGAAAGAAGUUCCUGCACUUCUGAAAACGCAGCCCGCACGGGAACCUCGGUUCCCAGUACGGUUGCGUUUUCCAGUGCGGGCGGCGUGCCAUUAGAACUAAUGGCACCCGCCCGUGGGUCCGCAUUUCUCUGUUCGGGUGGUGCGGCUGCGCAGAUUUUCUUGCGGAUCCACAGCGGCACCACCCGCCCAGAUGUGAACCUAGGGCUAAGUACAUAAAUGAGAGCUUUUUAACCUGCCAGGGGUUU